CUUAAAUCGCACCUUGGAGGUGCGUUCCAUGCCACGUCAGCCAACGAACCGCACAUUGGAGGUGCGGUAUGUGUUUCCUCGGGAGCGGGUUUGGAGACCGCAGGAUCAGGCGGUGAUCCAGCGGCGGACCGCUUGCCACAUCAGUGAUCCGCGCCAGUGCGCCAAGGAUCGAAGACCGCAGCUGGCAGGUGCGGUCAGCGCCUCGAUCCUUGCAAAACGCAUCGGGAGGGUGCAGUUUCUGGCAGGGCAAAAUUACCAGACUGCCCCUGGAGGGUGCGGUCUGAAGAGUACAAAUACUCCCUCCCCCCUCUCAUUUCUUCACACCACAACCCAUUCUUCACUCUCUCUCUAAAAUUAUCUCUCUAACCCCUCCCCUCCCAAAAUACUAGGAAAUAGUGGUAUGUUGGUUGCGGCUAAGUCCGAUCUGCCAUCAGAAAAUAUUUCUUUGGUUUUUCCCUCAGCGCUCCAAGAACUGAUUUCCCACGUACGCCACCGCAUCAUCCUCCCCGGGGUCAACAGAAUUCGCCCACGAAUUUUCGUCAUCUGAAUCGUCACCAACAAAUAGCAAUUAAACCCAGACCCGGUGUUGACGAGUUUUGUAUUGAGAGUGAGUUUUAUCCGCUUUUAUGAUUACAUGUUUGGUCGAGUGUGAAUUCUUUAAAAACGUGUCUCGACAAAGUCACAGCGAGUUGAACUCAACGUCGAGAGUUUUUUGUUGGGAGUGAGUUUUAUCUUCUUUAAUGUUUUUAUUUGUCUUUUCCCUUUGGUUGAGAAUAACAAUCAAACUCAAAC